CAAUGAUGACAUAACCUUACUUUUACCAUAACCUUCCAUCUACAUACAUCAACACCUUUUCGAAUCGCCACCUCACCGCGUCCUAACACACUUCACACUUCUCCAAUAUCAUGGCGGAUGCAGAGACAACAUCUGGCGAUGCGCUACCCGCGCCGAUCGCGCCAGUUGCCAUCUUCAAGAAGCGUGGCGCAAAGGGAAAAGCCAACCUCCGAAAACGCCCAGCGACACCACCACCAGCCGACAGCGACGACUCGGAUUUCUCCUCCUCCGAAGACGAGGCCGGCCAGAGGAUCAAGCGCAGGAAACGAAACACGGGCGCGGUAGUCGCCUCCUCCAAAGGCAACACCGCCGCCGCCUCCUCCGACAACACCAACCUCUCCGCGACCGUCUUCGAAGCCGACCGCAACCGCUCCCUCGACACCGGCAAGCUCGAGGCAACCAAGCAAAGCAACUGGUACGACGAAGACACCACCAACCUCUCCUCACGCAACCUCCUCGGCUCGACCCGCGCCAUGAAAAACCCCCCCUCCACCACCAGCAACAACGAACCCCCCGACGGCACCUACAAAGGCCUGGCCAACCAGACCCGCUACACCGUGCACAACCCGGACCGCCCGCCCGCGCGCACCGUCGGCCCCAUCAAGGCGCCGACCAACAUCCGCACGGUGACCAUCACCGACAUGGCGCCUGACAUCUGCAAGGAUUACAAAACUUCGGGGUUCUGCGGCUUCGGCGACGGGUGCAAGUUCCUGCACGCGCGCGAGGACUACGCGCACGGGUGGCAGUUGGACCGCGAGUGGGAGGCCGUGACCAAGGGGAAGAAGGUGAUUGGCGGGACGGUGGUGGCGAGUGCGGAUCGGAAGUUGGCUGGUGGUGGUGCUGAGGGGGAUGGUGGGGAGGGGGAUGAGGAGGAGGCGGCGAUGCUGGAGGGUAUACCGUUUGUGUGUAUUAUUUGCCGCGGGCCGUACAAGGCGCCGGUAGUGACGCGGUGCGGGCAUUAUUUUUGUGAGGGGUGCGCGCUGAAGAGGUAUCGGAAGGACCCGAGCUGCGCGGCGUGCGGGGCGGGGACGAACGGGGUGUUUAAUGCGGCGAAGAGGUUGCAGAAGCUGUUGGAUAAGAAGAGGGAGCGGGCGGCGAGGAGGAGGCAGGAGGCGAUCGAGGCGGGUGAGGAGGUCAGUGAGGAGGAGGAGGAGGAGGAGGAGGAGUAAUGAAUACAGGUCUAGUCAUGACCAAUCUGUUCUGUUUGAUUUGUGUUGCCAUCAUGCUGCUUGCCGCCUACCUGCUUACUGCUAUGCGCCUGGUACUCCAUCUGUCCAUAUCUGCCCCAUCGCCAUCUAUACCUG